CACCGGCUGGCGAAUCUGAUCAUGAACGUGCGACGUUUGCCCGGUUUCAUCUACAAUUACAAGGCGGCGACUGUCUUCGUAUUCUUGGCCAUGCUCCUCCUGGUCUACCUUCUCCUUCACUGGGGCAUCGUCUGCACCAACUUAGAGGCCUGGAGGCACGUGUCCAACGUGCUACGAACGGUUGUGAAUCGUAUACAAGUACGAGCAGCAGCAGCAGCAGCAGCUGUUAGCUGCUGGAAAAGGGGAUGGAAAUCGAGGGGGGGAGGAGAGGCAGCAAACGCAAGCGCCUUCGGUUCGCGAACUGGGUGCAGCGCGCACAGGAAGGGUGGUGCCAUUGGAAUCCUCUGCGACCCCCUGUGCUCGGAAAGAGGUAUCCACUCUCUAGCCUGCGAGACCCUUCACGCCGGCAAGGAGGCUGUCUUCUCGGCUCAUUGGGAGACCACUCGUCUGGUCUUCAAGGCUUCCAGAACGAGGACUCCCUCGAAUCAGUACGAGUCGCUCUUCUGGACGGACUCCUCCGGUAACCGCCGCUACCCAUCGGAGCCGGACUUCGCUCGCAUGAUCAAGGUACUGAUAGCUGAUAAGCUGAACACGACGGUGUCCCCGUUGCAGCUGGAGAGGCUGGCUCGGCUGCGGACGCACAGGAUAGAGACCGAGCCUAGCCGACGCCAACUAGAGAUGGAGAACCUGUGGCCAUUGCUGCAACAGAACGAAUAUCUGAUGACCAUCGUUUACGAGGACAGAGAUAUAUUCCCGCAGAUGAUCGGCACCUGCGGCACUUUUUAUGCGGUCGAAUACGUCCGCCCGAUCGAAACCCCCACGACCGUCCUAGCCCUUUCAGACUCGAAGCCAGAAUGGGCAAAACGAUUGAAACUGGCGGUGAUGAUCAUGGAUCUAUUGGAGGAGUUCGACUCAAACUUUCCCGAACCGAUUCAUCUCUGCGACGUGAAGAUCAAUCACUUCGGACUUCCUCUGGGAGGGCAGAAGCUGAAAUUCUUAGAUCUGGACGCCGUCUUUCCUAGGACGGUCAUUAGUAAAGUUAUUGGAGAUGGGAGGGACUGCCAAGAUCAUGGGGAUUGCGACUAUUUCGAUUGCAGAUCGUUUUGUUCGAAGGAGAAAAAGUGCAAUGGUCCUGUGACUAAUAAUAAUCUUCAGGUGAUCUGUGAGAAGAUAUUCUUAGGAUGGACCCUAUCGGGGACGAUAAUAAUUCCGGGACUGCUAAUGUCGGAGCACACUACCAGCAGCCUAGCAGUGCUUUUAAGGCAGUGCGCUAACCCUUCAGGGGACCUUGAACAUUUGUCGAGAGCCGCGGUGGCGGAUAAACUGAAAACGAGGCUGCACAACAUGCUGCGCGAAAUGGAACAGAAAGUCUCUGCCUCUUUAUAAGCAGAAAUAAAGUUUUUGUGACGGGAGCUUAAUUCGAUUUUUAGUUGAAUACGAGACAUUGUAAAUAAGAAUAUUAGAAGACACUGUAUGUAGAUAGUAAACGAAUAAUAAAUUGCCUUCCAUUCCUA